GCCAGGUUUUAUAAUGAGAAACCCUAUUUAGCUGUCUAACCCAGUCACGAAAGGGUUAACUUUCAUUUUGUAUCUUUGAUGGACUUGUGAGUGAGCCAAUGGGUGAAUUUUAUGAGGUACUGAACUGACCAAUCAGCUGCCAGCUAGGCUCCGUUACAGUUACGCCUCUAGUUUUGUGUCACUGCACGUUCUUUUGGCGCUUGCAUUUGAGCAUAGAAGGCUGCGUUAUCUGCUUGAGUGUAAACGAAAGCUGUGCCUGAAUCCACUGUUAUCACGGAGCUAAAAGCAGUGAAUUCCGUUAAAAUGAAGCCUGUAGCAGUCCAUUUAUUCACUGAAUGGUAAUUGAAAGAAAUGAUUUGGCCUUAUUUAUAGGUCAGGUUUUGGUAAAGAGUUGGAAACAUCGUGCAGAGAUCCUUUCCACGGAGUGAUACAGAUCCACACGUUCCAGACGUUCUCCCAGAGAUUCAUAGAUUCCCAGUCCGGGUGGCUGGGUGGCGAGCCAACCGUGUUUGUGACUCUGACUUUAGACGAACUGCCUGGAUCAUCCUCUUCAUCUUCGUUGUGGUAGGACAAAAACUAACUCAGAGUUAAAAAAAAGGGCCCCAACGGUGAAACUGAACUUUUGUCAACCAAGGCAAAACGAACCGAGGACGAACUGAGCUCAACGAUUCUGAUACGAGAGGGUUUUGUUUUGUUUUUGUGCGCACUUUAUUAUUUUAGUUUGUUAUUUUUCAUAAAUGUGUUUUUGCUUGUAUGUAUGUUUCACCCUGUGAAUUUAAUACAGGUUUGUCUAAACUGUCAUUCUGGUGUGGUAUUCCUUUUUAAUUGAUCUUCAAUUCUCAGGCUCUUAACAAUUUAGCGUCUUCUGAUUCUGGUCCAAAUCGUAUUUAUGAUAACCUCUAUGACUACUUUAGACUAUUAAAUCUAUGUACGUUAUUACUAUCUCGUAAUAAGGGUUACAUUAUUGGCGAGCCAGCCAGGAGCCAGAGACAUUGAAUAUCAAUAUUGAAAGAAUACGCAAAAUGGAUUUCAUACAGAAGUCAGGUGUUAAAAUUCCAAAUUCAGUGAUCGUUAGUGGGGUAACACAGGUAGCAGAUCAGGAUGAGCAAGUCGUUGACUUCCUUAGGGAGUACGGUUCCAUCGAAGUAGCCAUUCUCGUUGAUGAUUCUAAAUCAGAAUUUUACCAAAACCUGAUCAUUGAGUUUUCGAGCGGUUCAGCUUUAGUGAACUUAGAGCCACUUUUGCCAUUCACACACACAGUGCAGGGUGAUCCAUGUGCUAAAUAUGUUGUAAAAGCAUUAAGCAGUGUGUACACUACGCAGAUUGGCAGUAAUGCUACAAAAACGUAUCUAGCUGAGUUAAAGGGCUUAGCCAAGCUAAGUGGAAAAGACUAUGGGGAGGUGUUGAAAGAGAUGAUGUCUCAGAUUGGUGAAGAUAUUGAAGCUAUGAAACCCGUAGGUAUAGAUGUCUCCCCUUCACAUGUCGAGACCCCAGUUGUGACACUUCAACCCCCUACCCCUGAAGAUCAACAGCCCCUAGUCUCACUCUUGAAUGCCCCACGGGAAGGAAAUCGCUUAAAUGCCACUGAUUCAGUCCUGUUCACUAAUGGAGGGAAAGCUCCGUCCCUUUCAGUGAGUGACAUAAACCCAGCAGAGAUACAGAAGGUGGUGGUUGAGCAUAUUGUGAGGAGUGAAGGUGUUAGCCCACACUUGCAAUCUCCUGUAAGGCUUCGUUCUUUUUCUGGAAAAGUUCCCAGACCCAGUAACGAAGCUGAUUACGACACUUGGCGCUCACACAUCGAACUGCUUUUAAAUGAUCCUAGCAUGUCCCAUCUUCAGAUCUCAAGAAGAAUACUCGAAUGUCUACUUUCGCCUGCAGCAGAUGUUGUCAAAGGGCUACGGCCUGGAUCACCCCCCAUCGCUUACCUGCAGCUCUUGGACUCAGCCUUUGGUACUGUUGAGGAUGGGGAAGAACUUUUUGCACAGUUUAUGAACACCCUUCAAGACCCGGGUGAGAAACCCUCCACUUAUCUUCAUCGAUUGCAAUUAGCAUUGAACCUAGCUGUGAGAAGGGGUGGGGCUGCACCGGCCGAUGUAGAUAAACACCUACUCAAACAGUUCUGUAGAGGAUGCUGGGACAAUUCUCUACUUUCUUGCCUGCAACUUGAGCAGAAGAAAAGCAACCCCCCUUCAUUUGCUGACCUCCUGCUGUUACUAAGAACAGAAGAAGACCGACAGUUAGCAAAAGCUAGUCGCAUGAAAAAACACAUUGGCACCACCAGGCAACGUGGCCAGCUUCAGCUCCAAAGUGCGUGGGCCUGUGCAGAGUCAAGAGAGAAGUCAGAGGUCAGUCUCAGUGUUAUUGAGGAUCUUGGGAGGCAAGUAGCCAGUUUACAAAGCCAAUUAACCUAUUUGAUGGCACAGAAAAAGACAAAGGGGGCUGAUAACAGGGGAGCAGCAGGGAAAAGUCCAGGCAGAGUACAAAAACUUGAUCGUGUUGACACAGACAUGCUAAAACAGACAAAGAAAAAGCAGACUAACAGACCCAGGCCUUGGUACUGCUUUAACUGUGGGGAGGAUGGGCACAUUGCCCCAGUUUGCACAGACAGGGCAAACUCUGCUUUAGUAGCUGAAAAGAAAAAAAAGUUAGAGGAGAAGCAGCAAUUGUGGGACGCACAAAACCGUCUCAACUUACCUUUAAACGACUAGCAGUUCCUGUUGGGGGACAAACAGGGACUGAAGAGAGUCAACAACGUCCCUCAGACGUAAAUGGUGAAGACAAGGCUGAAGUAUGUGCUAAUCUAAAACACUCAAGUAAGAACCACCCUUUUAAACUCCCUAAGGGGUUGGUUGGUACCAAGAGUACAGCUAAAGUCCACAUAAAGGGUGAAGAAGUCAGCUGCCUACUAGAUACGGGUUCCCAAGUAACAACAGUCCCCCGGUCAUUUUAUGAACAGCACUUUCCAGAGCAGGAUAUUAAGCCACUACAUGAUCUCUUGGAGGUGGAAGGAGCGA